UCAAUUAAUAUUUUUCCCUAGUAAAAGCAACGAAAAUUGCAACAAGAACGAGAACAUCAUUGGCAUCUCCGCAUCUCUUCUUCGAAUCUUUCUCUCUCUCUCUCUCUCUUUCUCGACUGCAAACGUCGACAAAUCUUGCUUUUGUUUUUUCCUUUUAUUAGAUUCUGAGAUACCAAUUGCGUGUGUUGUUUGCCUUCUGGCCAUAAGAUAUUUUCUGCUUUCCCUAUAACAUUCUUUUGUUUUUCUCUUUUCUUUGUUGUAAUCUCUGAAUAAAUCCCAUCUGGGUUUUCAGUUUCAGCUGCUGCUGCUGCUUCUUCAAUUUCAGGAUGGAUGGUGUACAACAAAGUUCCGAGUAUAGGGAAGUGUCAGGUAAAACAAUUCACAAUGGAGAAUCUUCUUUGAAGGAAGGGAAAGGGAGGAGAUUGUGGAAGAAAGUGAAGUACCAGUUGGUAGAAUACCAUUCUUUGCCUGGGUAUUUGAGGGAUAAUGAGUACAUUGUGGGUCAUUAUAGAUCAGAGUGGCCUUUGAAGCAGAUUUUGUUUAGUAUAUUCACCAUCCAUAAUGAGACAUUGAACGUGUGGACGCAUUUGAUUGGAUUUUUCAUUUUCCUUGCUCUUACCAUCUAUACUGCAAUGAAGGUUCCAAGGGUGGUUGAUCUUCAUUCUCUGCAACAUAUUCCUGAGGUGUUAAAAAAUACUGAUCUACACAAGUUGCGCUUAGAACUCUCAACGUGCUUGCCUUCUUUACCAAACAUGCCCAAUCUGCAUAAACUUAGGGAAGAGUUGAAGACUACAUUGCCUUCAAUGGAUUUACUUCCCUCACUUUCCGGUUGGCAUGUCAUGGAACAUUUAUAUAAUUGUUUGCCUGAGCGAUUCUUCCAUGGAAACAACACUGAAGUUUGCGUUCUGCGCACUGUGAAGGAGGAUGUGGCAAACAUAAUAGCACCUUUGAUGGUAAGACCGAUAACAAGGUGGCCAUUUUUUGCUUUCAUGGGUGGGGCGAUGUUUUGUUUGCUGUCAAGCAGCAUAUGCCACCUAUUCUCAUGCCACUCCGAGCGAUUAUCAUACAUUAUGCUCAGGCUCGAUUAUGCAGGAAUAGCAGCUCUUAUAUCAACCUCAUUCUACCCACCUGUCUACUAUUCUUUUAUGUGCAGUCCCUUAUUUUGCAACCUCUACAUGGGAUUUAUAACAAUUCUGGGAAUUGCCACAGUUCUGUUUUCUCUCCUACCAGUAUUUCAGAAUCCUGAAUUCCGUUCCAUUCGUGCAUCACUCUUCUUCGGCAUGGGCUUAUCUGGUGUGGCACCAAUACUGCACAAGCUUAUCUUGUUCUGGCACCAGCCAGAGGCUCUCCACACAACUGGGUAUGAGAUUCUAAUGGGGGUAUUAUAUGGGGUUGGAGCACUGGUUUAUGCCACAAGGAUUCCAGAACGAUGGAUGCCUGGGAAAUUUGACAUUGCUGGGCAUAGCCAUCAGCUCUUUCACAUAUUGGUUGUGGCCGGGGCAUACACUCAUUAUCGUGCAGGCUUGGUUUACCUGAAGUGGCGGGACAUGGAAGGAUGUUAAAGAAAUGCAGUUAGAAUAAUUGAUCAGCAGCUGAAGUGGGAACCAGGGAGUAAAAAUCUAUGUUGCAAUAAGUUGUUUGUAGAUGGACAGUAGUAACUUGAUGAAUGUUUAAAAACGUGGAGGAGAAAGUCUCCCCCUCAUUGUUAGCGUAAAUAAAAUCUAUUCAUCAACUAGCACUGAACUCUGUAGUAUUGUACCAUUUCUUUGAAUCCAAAUUACAAAAGCUUAUAAUUAUUUCUUUA